AUACCUUUUUAGGCAUUAAACAUAGAUGUACCGAAUACAAUCUAUUUGAAAAUUCCCGAGAAAUAACUCCGCGACUUUGGCUUCAGAUAAAGGCAGCCAUCGUUGUUUGAUUGAUUUGAGUAGUAACAUAGAGCAAACCGUUACAUGUGCUUCCAUGUGUUGUCCCCAAUUCCCACAAAUUUGCCCCCUUCGAUCUUAAUGAGCAGAAACCACAUCACCACUCACAAAUUCAUCUUUCUUUCUCCAAGCAGACAUCGUUUGUGUUUCAGGAGCUCAAGAUACCACUAAUACGCGCUUUUCCUCCCUCCUCACCCUUUCCCCAAAUCAACUCAUACUCGAUUGAAGUCCAUAACCCAACUGACACACUAAUUUUCUUGUUUAAUAGAAGAUCGCCGAAUAUGGGUUGCUGAUUUUUGUUUUUGUUACUCGAUCGGCGAUCAGCGAUGAUGGGUUGUUGAUUCUUCAUUCUUGAUGAUGGAUUUCUGUAGAAAUCGCAGCUUUGGCUUUGAAAUGGUAAUUGCUUAUCCAGUUUCCGAGUGAUUGUGAUGCGUUCUGCAUGAUAUUGAUCCGGCUGAGGUGAAUUUUGGAUUCGGCAUCUCGAUAAAAGAUGCGCAGGCGGGCUGCCGACUACCGGCGCCCGGUUCGAAGGAAGUUUUCAGUUUGGAUCUGGGUGCUUCUUGGUUUACUCUGUAUUGCUGGAUUUAUCUUCUUAUUUUUUCUACAGAAUCAAGAAUUUAAAGAUCGAGUAGAACAACCUAUACUGGAUAAAAAAUCUCGAACUCUACAAUUCCCUCACACAAAUCAAAAUCUAACCGAUGAGUCAGCAAAUCCAAAUUCAUAUGCAAGACAAUUACUCGAACAAAUGACACUAGCAAAAGCCUACAUUGUCAUUGCAAAAGAACACAACAAUCAUCAUCUUGCAUGGGAACUCACGUCAAACAUCAGAACAUGUCAAUUCCUUCUUUCAAAAGCAGCCAUGAAAAACACUCAAAUGACACAACAAGAAGCUCAACCACUCAUCAAAACCCUCUCAACUCUCAUUUUCAAAGCACAAGAAUCCCAUUACGAUAUUGCAACCACAAUCAUGACCAUGAAAUCUCACAUCCAAGCUCUUGAAGAACGCGCAAAUGCAGCCACUAUUCAAAGCACACUUUUUGGUCAAUUAGCUUCCGAAUCACUUCCCAAGAAUCUCCACUGUUUAAACAUCAAACUUUUAUCAAAUUGGCUCACAAACAACACCUUACAUCACAUCACAAAUGAGAUCAAAAACUCACCAAAAUUACUAGACAACAAUCUUUAUCAUUUCUGUGUGUUUUCAGACAACUUAUUAGCUGUUUCAGCUGUAGUCAACUCCACAAUCUCAAACACUUUACACCCGAAACAAAUCGUAUUCCAUCUUGUCACAAAUGAAGCAAACUAUGGAGCUAUGCAAACUUGGUUUGCAACUAACAACUUCAAAGGGUGUACAAUUGAAGUAAAAAAGAUCGAAGAUUUGACUUGGUUGACUCCUUCAUAUUCACCCGUGGUUAAAAAACUAACCAAACCAGAGUUUCGUGCUUACUAUUUUCAAGGUUCUUUAGACAAUGAGCCAAAAUUUGGAAACCCGAAAUACGUAUCUUUAUUAAACCACCUUCGAUUCUACAUCCCUGAAAUCUACCCUCACCUUGAGAAAGUCAUAUUUCUUGAUGAUGAUGUCAUCGUUCAAAAAGAUUUGACACCUUUAUUCUCGUUAGAUCUUCAUGGAAAUGUAAACGGAGCUGUUGAAACGUGUCUUGAAUCUUUCCAUAGAUUCUACAAGUACUUGAAUUUUUCGAAUCCUGUUUUGAGUUCGAAAUUUGAUCCACAAGCAUGUGGGUGGGCUUUUGGUUUGAAUGUUUUUGAUCUUGUUGCAUGGAGGAAUGCUAAUGUGACAGGGGUUUAUCAUUUUUGGGAAGAACAGAAUAGUGAAGGGGUGUUAUGGAAGUUAGGGACUUUGCCACCUGGAUUAUUGGCUUUUUAUGGAAGAACAGAGCCACUUGAUAGGAGAUGGCAUGUAUUGGGGUUAGGGUAUGAUAUGAACAUUGAUAACAGGUUGAUUGAAAGUGCAAGUGUUGUUCAUUUUAAUGGGAACUUGAAGCCAUGGUUGAAGUUUGGGAUUGGAAAAUAUAAGGUGUUAUGGGAACAGUAUGUGAACAGAAAUCAUCCUUAUCUUCUUGAUUGUGUUGUGAAUUGAGAGGAUUUGAAGGAGAGAAUGUAGAAAAUUUUGGUAUUGUUUUAGAUGUUUUGUUUUAUUGUUUGUAAGUUAUAUUGUUUCUUUUUUGAAGAGGGGUAUUAUAAUCAAGAUGAAAGAAAGUGUAUUAUUUAUUGAUUUUGUAAGGUGUAGAAGCAAUUUUUGUGUAAUAACUGAACUUUUUUUGUAUUGCAUAGACGUUGAUUCGUUCAACU